GUAGUGUUAGUCGUGGUAGUAGUAGUAGUAGCCUAGCAGCGGUAGUAGCUAGCAAAAUUAGUGGUAAACGACAACGAUCGUUUCGUAGCCAGUCACAGUCGAUAGAUAUGUGAGCUAACGAUCGUUACGUAUCUGUGUUACGUUAGAAAACGGGAAUCGGAUCGAAUUGUGUUUCGUUUUGAUUUUUUUUUACGAAAAUAGAACGAUCGUUGUGUUGGUUUCGUUUGAGCGGUUAACGGAUUUUUUUUUUUUUGAGAGAAAAAGGAAUACCAACAACGGAUCGGAAGAAAAAAGAAAGAAAAACCCCUAAAAUAAAUCAAUUAUAACGUCUAACUCAUCUAGUCCCGGCCAAAAGGGUUGCAUUAUCGUGAACGUGAUCUUCAGACAACGACAACAAAACUUAAAUAAAAAAGAGCGGUAUCAACUAAAAACAAAACAUAAGAAAAUUAAAAAAAAAAACAAAAAACAAAACAAAAACAUUGUAAAACCGCAAGCUCAGCAAAAAGAAAGAAGAAAAAAAACCUAGCAACAUACAACAAUAAUUACAGUGAAAUAUCUCCUCCCACCACAAUUUCCUCAUCUCCGGACAAGAAAAACGUGAACACAACAAUACUCAAAUCAAGUGGAAUAGCUGCUCUCUAUUAUUUUAUUGUACUUAAGUCUCAAACGAAUCCUCAAGCGCUUAAUCUCCCGCUUCAAGAAGCCCCAAAUUAAAACGGCAUUAAAAAAUUGUUCGUUUUGAAUACUUUUUUUCUUUACUUGACAACGGAAAUUUUAGUUGUCGCCUACUUUAAUGGAUUCCUGCCAUAGUUAAAACAUAGAUAAUAUACCGACAUAUAUGUAUGAAGCAUUAGCAGCAGCCAUCACAUUGCAGCCGUCUUCACUUCAAAGACCCACAAUCCAGGGUUAUAUAAUUCGAUUAUCGAUCCUUUAGACAGUUAACACUGCUUUGAAAUGAAUGCCGAAACGGCAUCAAAUGCUUAUCAGCAUCAUCACAAUACCCGGGCAGCUGAAAACUUUUUCAAUGUUCCUGACUCAAUAUCCCUAAUAAAUAUCGUAAAGCCAGAACGUUUACAAAACAAUCCCAUGAACCAUUCAACGGAGGAUGAAAAUCAACACAACAAUUCGGAAACAGAAACCAAAACCUCCAUAAAUUCCUAUCACCAUCAUCGCGCGCCACGAACGCCAGAAAGUUAUUUCAAUGUUCCCGAAUCGAUAGCCCUGCUAAAUAUUGUCAAAUCCGAACGCAUUCAAACUGCAUUUCAAUCAAAUCGUAAAAAUCAUGCCAGUGUUUGGGAAAUGGUGGCCGAAGUACUUAAUCGUUACAGUGCCCGUAAACGUUCGGCUAAACAGUGUUGUAAUCGCUAUGAGAAUCUGAAAAAAAUCUAUACCCAGUUGAAAAAGAACCCCGAGCGACAUGUGCGGCGCAAUUGGCCAUAUAUGUUUUUGUUCAAAGAAAUCGAAGAGCAGCGAGGUGAAUGUUGGGGUUCGAACAGUAAACGCAUUGCACUGUUGGCCAAGAAUCAGGAUGAACUUUCAUAUUAUCAUCGCCGAAGGCAAGCGGCGGAAUUUGGUGCCUUGUUGGAUAAACAGACACAAGCUGCGGUCGUGGCGCAACAUAAUCUCUUGCAAAGUCUGGCAGCCGUUCAUUCCAAUGAUUCGAGUUCGAAUUCAAAAUUGGAACGCUUUUUACCCAACCACUUUGUGGAGGCUCAAUUGGGCAAUGAUAACAGUGGCGUCACCCUCAAUGGCAAUGCUGGGGAGAGGGGUACUGGCAGCAGUAAUGGUAGUGGAGGUGGUGGUGGAGGCGGCAUUGGCGGCGAUUUAGGUACCAAUGGCAGUGUCUACGAUGAUUCACCCUCACCUCUAUCCCUACAAAUGUCACGCAAGGAUCACCAUGACACGCACAAUAUCUCAGCCGAAUUACCCGAUAAUGCUGCCCACAAUCUCUUGCAAGCCCAUUUGAGUGGUGGUGUAGCGGCAGCUGCUGUUGCCGCAGCAGCAGCCAACAAUCUCAAGGAGGCUUUAGCUCAACAAUACGAAAAAGACUGUAAUGGGGCAUUGAAUCUGCAAACAAGCGACAAUAAUGUCUCAAUGAAUGAUGGUGAUUCUUACAGAUCGGAACCUAUGUCAGAUGGCGAAUUUAAUCCCGAUGAUAUCCAGCUAAUGCCGACUAAUUAUAAUGGCUCCCAAAACUUCUACCCCAACAACAUUGAUCACAAUAUCCUGCAUCCCGAUGUCAUUGUGGACACGAAUAAUCUAACCGAGUGUAGCAGUGGACAGACCCCAAAGACAAAACGGAAACUAUCAACAUCCACGGAUGGUGACAGUACCAAUUACGAACUGAUCGAAUACCUGAAGAGGCGUGAAAAACGUGAUGAGGAAUUGCUGCGACGUAUGGAUGCACGCGAGGAGAGACUAUUGAAUUUAUUGGAACGAACAGUGGUGGCUAUAGAGGCUCUAACACAACAAUCACGUUGUACACACAAUCCACCGCCGAGGUCAUCAACUCCAAAGCCAGAAAAUCCAGAGCAGCCCAUUGAAAAUAAAUUACUAAAUGGUAAUGCGUUUAAAGUGAAAUUAUCCAGCAUUUCGAAUAAUAGUAGCUCCAUAGUGGCAGAUAAACCUGCUACUAAAGAUGAUAAAGAAGAAGCAGAAGGGCAGGCAGAAGAAGACGAAGAUAAGGAAAAAAGUAAUAAUGAAAUGAAAUCUUAAAAAGAAACUCAAAAAAGUGCCAUCAAGAAUCUUCAAAUGCAGAACAAUACUCAAAAACCAAAAUCAAAUGACUUAAUUAUGGAACCAAAGAUUGCUAAUUAUUUUUAAUUUUUAUUAUUUUAUAUAAAUGAGAUUUACUAUAUUUUACUUUGUACCCAGUAACUAUUUUUUAGUUGUAAUGUUAAAAAAAAAACAGAGAAAAUCAUGAACAAAACUCCCAAAGAAUUUGAAAAGAAAAAAAGAAAAUUAAAGCUAAGCCAAAACUCAAAUCAAAGUGCCAAACAAUUACUUAAUUAUUUAUAAUAAAUGCCAAAUAUUUUAUAUUAAUUCUUAAUUUUUUUCUAAAGUAUAUUAUAAGCUGUAUGUGUAUUGUUGAAGGAAAACUUAAUUUUAUAAGGUAUAUUAUUUGAAAAACGGCUAUACUGAAUUGAAAAAAAUACUUAACUAUUUUCAAUAUAGUUCUUCAUAUGUGUUGUGUCGGUGUGUGCCUUAAACAUAACUUAACUAUUUUUUUUAAUUAUUUAAGAAAAAUUCAGCAUGAGAAAUGCUAAAUGGAAUGCAAAUCAAACCAAGAAAAACGAAACCAAAAUAAUCUCAAAUAAAAUAACUCAUUUUUUAUAGAUCCAAAACAAAUUAAAAAUGA